AUGUGGGGUUUUGCUUCUAAUGCCAUCACAAGCAUUGGACUUAAAAGAAGCUCCUCAGAGCCAAGCCGGGUUUGUUUGGACUCCUCGGACGAUGAAGUCUGCUCAAAUUCAAGCCAAGAGGAGGGGUUAGAAUGCCCUAUAUGCCUGGAAUCUUUUAACAUUGUCGAGAAUGUGCCCCAUGUCUUAUGGUGUGGUCAUACCCUGUGCAGAAAUUGUGUCUUGGGGCUUCAAUGGGCUCUCUUUAAAUUCUCCUCUCAAAAGUUUAAGAUCCCAUUUUUCAUUGCUUGCCCGUGGUGCCACUUGUUGUCUUUGCGGCUGGUUUAUAAGGGGAACCUAAAGUUUCCACGCAAGAAUUUCUUCCUUCUCUGGAUGAUUGAGAGCUUCAAUGGUGAAAGGGUAAAGUUUGGUUCUGCACUCAGUGGGGAGAAUCAACAAAUUGGUUCUCCAAGAGCAAGUUUAGCUACUGGAAAUCAAACUGGCAACAGUAACCUGAGGAGGACCCAUUCUAGUUGCCCUUCGCUGUCGAGGUAUAACCACGAUGAUAGGGGUAGUCAUGUCGAGCGGCAUCAUUUCUCCCUGCAGAAGUCUUUGGAAAGUUUCAUUCACAUUACAUCCAAGUUCCCAUUAGUCAUUGUGUUUCUUUUGAUUGUCUUUUUUGCAAUACCUGGCUGUGCUAUUAUUUUGGCCCUCUACUUGUUACUCACAGUGGUUUUCGCAAUCCCCUCUUUCUUCCUAUUGUACUUUGCAUACCCUAUUUUGGAGAGGUUGGUGAGGGAGAUAACCUCAUGA